GCGGUGGCCCUGGGGAUGGGGAAGGAGCAGGAGCUGCUGGAGGCGGCCCGCACCGGGCACCUCCCGGCGGUGGAGAAGCUGCUGUCCGGGAAGCGGCUCUCCUCAGGCUUCGGGGGCGGCGGCGGCGGUGGCGGCUCCGGGGGCGGCGGCGGCGGCGGCGGCGGCCUGGGCUCCUCGAGCCAUCCCCUCUCCAGUCUGCUCAGCAUCUGGAGAGGGCCCAAUGUGAACUGUGUCGACAGCACGGGGUAUACACCUCUACACCACGCUGCUCUGAACGGCCAUAAGGAUGUAGUCGAGGUUCUCCUGAGGAACGAUGCACUGACCAACGUGGCUGAUUCCAAAGGCUGUUACCCGCUGCACUUGGCAGCCUGGAAAGGAGAUGCCCAGAUAGUGCGGCUGCUCAUCCAUCAAGGGCCCUCACACACCAGAGUCAAUGAACAGAAUGCUCUUGAGAUCAAAGAACUCAAAAAGUACGGCCCCUUUGACCCUUAUAUCAAUGCCAAGAACAACGACAAUGAGACGGCCCUGCACUGCGCCGCGCAGUACGGCCACACGGAAGUGGUGAAGGUCCUCCUGGAGGAGCUGACGGACCCCACCAUGCGCAACAACAAGUUCGAGACGCCACUCGACCUGGCCGCGCUCUACGGGAGACUGGAGGUGGUGAAGAUGCUUCUCAACGCACACCCCAACCUCCUGAGCUGCAACACUAAGAAGCAUACCCCCCUGCACCUGGCGGCCAGGAACGGCCACAGAGCCGUGGUGCAGGUGCUGCUGGAGGCCGGCAUGGAGAGCAACUACCAGACGGAGAAGGGCAGUGCUUUGCAUGAGGCUGCUUUGUUUGGCAAGACCGAUGUGGUGCAAAUCCUGCUGGCUGCAGGAAUUGAUGUCAACAUAAGAGAUAACCGUGGGCUGACGGCCCUGGACACUGUCCGGGAACUGCCUUCUCAGAAGAGCCAGCAGAUUGCAGCGCUCAUUGAAGAUCACAUGACUGGAAAAAGAAGUGCAAAAGAGGUAGAUAAAACUCCCACUCCCCAGCCACCUCUCAUCUCCAGCAUGGACUCCAUAUCCCAGAAGUCUCAGGGUGACGUGGAGAAGGCAGUCACUGAACUGAUCAUCGACUUCGACGUGAGCGCUGAGGAAGAGGGUCCCUACGAGGCGCUGUUCAAUGCCGUCUCCUGCCAUUCGCUGGACAGCAUGGCCAGCGGGCGGUCAUCCGACCGGGACUCCGUGAGCAGGGAGGCUGAGGCAGCAGGAGUUGCGAAAGCUGCUGGAGUGAGGCCUAGAGAACGUCCACCGCCUCCAGCAAAGCCACCCCCCGAUGAAGAGGAGGAGGACCGCUCAGAUAAGAAGUUUCUUCCCUUGACAGCAUCCGAGGCCUCAGCCCUGAGACCCUGGCCUCAGGGGAGGACAGCCAGGGAGGACGACGAGCACCCUUAUGAGCUCCUGCUAACAGCGGAGACAAAGAGGCUGGCGUCAGUGGACGGAAAAACAAAAGAUCACAGGCGGAGCGGCAGCAGCCGGAGCCAGGACUCCGUGGAGGGGCAGGACGGGCAGGUCCCGGAGCAGUUCUCAGGUCUCCUGCACGGCUCCUCCCCGGUGGGUGAAGUGGGGCAGGACCCUUUCCAGCUGCUGUCUGCCACUGGCCAGAGCCAUCCAGAAGGGUCCCCCGCGCAGGCCGCCUGCCACGAGGCCAGCAUGCAGCUGGAGGAGACGGGUGUGCACGCUCCUGGAGGCUCCCCGCCCAGUGUCCUGGACCCGAGUAAGACAGUGAGCCACCCGGCAGGCCUGCCCACUGCCAACAGCCAAUCGCACCCCGAAACUUUGACUCACACAGCAUCUCCACACCCUGGUGGUGCCGAGGCAGAAGGAGACCGGAGUGGGGCUAGAAGCCGAGUCCCUCCCACCAGUAAACCCAAAGCUGAACUCAAACUCAGCCGCAGCUUGUCCAAGUCUGACUCUGAUCUCCUGACCUGCUCCCCCACGGAGGACGCGAUGGGGAGCCGGAGCGAGUCCUUGUCCAACUGCAGCGUCGGGAAGAAGAGGCUGGAGAAGUCGCCCUCCUUCGCCUCCGAGUGGGAUGAGAUUGAGAAAAUCAUGAGCUCUAUCGGAGAAGGGAUUGACUUUUCUCAGGAACAGCAGAAGAUCUCAGGUUCGCGGACGCUGGAGCAGAGCGUCGGGGAGUGGCUGGAGGCGGUUGGGCUGCAGCAAUAUGAGAGCAAGUUGCUUCUGAAUGGCUUUGACGAUGUCCGCUUCCUGGGCUCUAACGUGAUGGAAGAGCAGGACCUGCGGGAAAUCGGCAUCAGUGACCCACAGCACCGGCGGAAGCUGCUCCAGGCUGCACGGUCCCUGCCCAAGGUGAAGGCUCUGGGCUAUGAUGGGAAUAGCCCCCCUUCGGUGCCCUCCUGGCUGGACUCCCUGGGGCUGCAGGACUACGUCCAUUCCUUCCUGUCGAGUGGCUACAGCUCCAUUGACACUGUGAAGAACCUCUGGGAACUGGAGCUGGUCAAUGUCCUGAAGGUUCACCUGCUCGGCCAUCGCAAGCGUAUCAUCGCCUCACUGGCUGACAGGCCCUACGAGGAGCCGCCCCAGAAGCCCCCACGGUUCUCCCAGCUGAGGUGCCAAGACUUGCUCUCCCAGACGUCGUCCCCUCUGAGCCAGAACGACUCCUGCACCGCACGGUCCGCUGACCUGCUGCUGCCUCCUGGGGACACAGGCAGAAGGCGGCACGACAGCCUUCAUGACCCUGCAGCACCCUCUCGAGUGGAACGCUUCAGAAUCCAGGAAGAGCACCGUGAGGCCAGGCUGACCCUCCGGCCCCCCAGCCUUGCUGCUCCCUAUGCCCCUGUGCAGAGUUGGCAACACCAGCCAGAGAAACUCAUCUUCGAGUCCUGCGGUUACGAGGCCAAUUAUCUGGGCUCCAUGCUGAUCAAAGAUCUUCGAGGGACAGAAUCCACACAAGACGCCUGUGCCAAGAUGCGGAAAUCCACCGAGCACAUGAAGAAGGUCCCUACCAUCAUCCUGUCCAUCACGUACAAAGGUGUCAAGUUCAUCGAUGCCUCCAACAAGAACGUCAUCGCGGAGCACGAGAUCCGGAACAUUUCCUGUGCAGCCCAGGACCCAGAGGACCUGUGCACCUUCGCCUACAUCACCAAGGACCUGCAGACCAGCCACCACUAUUGCCACGUGUUCAGCACGGUGGAUGUGAAUCUGACCUACGAGAUCAUCCUGACGCUGGGGCAGGCGUUCGAGGUGGCCUAUCAGCUGGCCCUCCAGGCCCAGAAGUCCAGGCCCAUGGCGGCCGCUGCAGCUGAGAUGAUCGAAACGAAAUCUUCCAAACCUGUGCCUAAGCCUCGUGUUGGCAUGAGGAAGUCAACAGUGCCGCUGGCCCCUGAUACUCGCUGUUGUUACUGUCACACCUGCACCACCCAUCGUCCUUCUUACCUCCCGCUGCCGUCUGUCAGUCCUGGAGUCAAGGUGGAGCCACCCGAGACAGACCCAGAUGCCCAGUCCCAUGCCAGCGUCUCCUGGGUUGUGGACCCCAAACCAGACUCUAAGCGGAGCCUCAGCACCAACUGAGCCACUGAGGAGCCAACUCUGCUGCGGAAACACAGACGUGGGGGCACAGGCUCCCACCCACCACCGUCACCUGCAGCUUUGAAGACCCAGGCCCAGCUCUGCCUGUAGGACCUUCUCGGCUGCUCGGCCUGGGCUGCCACCACCAGGCCCUGCAGAGCGAGCCAUGCCCGGCUGCAGAGACGCGAUCCAGGCCUCUGGCAGAUGAGACUGGAACUCCAGAGGGUCAAGAAGGGACUUGUCCAGAACACAUUUUUUAAUAGAAAAAGAUUUUUUAUAAAAUGAACUUUUAACACUUGGCUCAAACCUCGAGGUUAAACUGCCACCCGUUAGAUAAGUGGCUGCAGGGUCAGAGGACAGAACUGACUGGUAAAAGGCCAGUCUGUCCAGCCUCUGUCCUCAGGACGGGGUUUGGCGAGGUCCCGUGGGGCUGAGAAGGCAGGCCUGGGGUGGGUGACAGGAGCAGCACAGGGCACAGCUGACAAGGUUUGGGUAGAGUCAAACCAUCCACGCUCAUUGCCGUUCCUUAUGAACUGCGUGACUUCCUGUCCCUGUUAGACCUGGACUCAGCCUCUGCAGUAAGAGCAGCCUCGGGCACCUGGGAACCACGCAGGCUUCCUGUCCGUGUCUGGGGUCCCUGGGGUUCCACGUGUGAAGGCCCAGAGGCCACAUGGAGAUGAGCGAGCAGUUCCUGGCGCCAUGGUGUCCGAGCCUGCGCCUGGCGCUCCGGCCGCUCCACGGUCUCUGACCUGCAGGUGGUCGCAGCGCUGCCCUGGGCUGCCGAGCCCACGGGCUCUCUGGGGACCUCAGGCUGCCUCAGUUGGGUCAGAAAGGACAAAAGUGACUUUGGGGCAUUAACAGGUAGGUCAGCUAAGAUUGCUGCCUGCCCAUAUAUGACUUGUGUAAUCAGGUCUCUGUGAUUAGGACUCACUUUUGAUUCUCUGAAUUAUUGGUUUGACUGUUGUGUUUUCAGCUGCUGGGCUCGUCCCUGGCUCCACUGUAGAAGAGGCUACCCAAGGUGACAGUUUGAUUCCCCCCCGUGUGGCCUCAGGGCAGGCAGGCUGGCACCCUGCUAUACCACUGCCACUUCGCCCUCCUGCUGGCUCGCUUUGCUUUUUAUCUGUGGUUGUGUCCUCCUCCCAGAGUGUAGUAGCGACAAAGGGACAAUUCCUGUGAGGCAGAGGCAGAGGCAGUCAGCUGCUCGUCCAGUACCUUCCAGAUUCGGGAGCAGAGAGCCUUGCCGGGGGCGGUCCAGCAGGCCGCCGGCCACCCUGGCACCCUCCGUCUGGCCCAGGGUCAGUUCCCCAGGUUUCCGCAGCACUUCUUUCCCAGCGAGGUUUGGGAAUUGUUCUGUGCUGUGCACAUGUGUGGGGCGAGUGCCCCUGGGCACCCCCACAGCCCCUGUGACCAGAAAUUGAAAGCAGGGCGAGCCUUCCUGCUGUGAGGCUGGGCCCUGUGGGUUCCCCUCUGCUGAGCCAUCCUGCACCUUAGCCCUGGGAGUCACCUCCACUCUGGAGCAGAGGCAGGAGCGCCUCCACUUUUCGGUACUAAACAGGAACGUCGACACCUGGAAGUUUGACUUGACUUCCGGCUUCUUCCCGGGCCUGUGGGGAUUCUCAUCAGCUCACACUGUGCAGUGACCAGCACCUACUUUCUUCCAAGAAUUGACAAGGCUCCCGAGCCGGUUGGGUACUGCUGCCGGUGCGCUCUGCUCGUGCCGAGGAAUGCAGGUCUCUUUCAAGCAAGCCUCUCGGUUAGGUGGUAGGUAGGUCCCAAAACAAAACUAGACACUACGAUGAGCUCCUCACGCCUUUUGUUUUAAAGUCAGAUGUAGGUGUUUCUUCCCCUUGAAGCUGCUAUAUCUUCUUUAUUUAUUCAGGGUAUUUUCAUAUUGGAAAGCCUUAGCUAGUCUGCUCUGGCUUGCGGUUGUUUUGAGAUUGGUUUAUUUCUGAAUAUUCCAGAAAGAAAAGAACUGGAUCUUUCUUUUUUACUCUUCUCUGGGGCGGGUACUCUCCCUUCUUUGGAAAGGAAUAUUAUAACUUUAAGGACAGGCUUCAAGUGGAAAAGCCCCUGCUUCUACGUCUCUGAGGGCGGGUCACGCAAUGUGACAACCCCCGUCGCUGCGUUUCUGAACUGCGGGAGCCUGUUUAGCUGGGACUUGAAAUGGGGCUGUUCCUGUCACUGCCUCGUGUCGGCUGGCCAGCUUCUGAGCAGGGCUCCCUCCGCAGGCUCUGCUUGUGCCGUGGCCCGCAUCCCUCCUGGGCUUCUAAGCGUCACACUCUGGGGAGGCCUUGAGAAGCCUCGGGCUGAGCAGUAGGCACGGUUGCCGUCACCCAGAGGUUAGAAAGCUGGUCUGACCUUGGUCUGUGUCUGAGAUGCCAGACCUGCAGAACGACUGUCACAAAAGGAUUGUUGCUGAUGGUGUGGCAAUGGGACUGAAUUGUAAUAAAGAUGUUAUUUAAUCUUGG